AUGGUGAUAUGGCUGGUGGCCGAGAUAGGCGCCGGUGGAGUGGACGGGUAUCGGGGUGGGGGUGGGAGUGGUGAAGUCGAUACCCAGGGUAUGCUGAUCCCCUAUGUUGAGGAACAGAGGACCGCCGGGUUUAGUCCAGGACAGUUUGUUUCGAGCGUCCCUCUUAGUACUCCUGGUUGUGGUGGUGCGUCCACGCCAGGUGGGGAACAGAGGACCGCCGGGGUUAGCCCAGGACAGUUCGCUUCGAGCGUCCCUCCUAGUACUCCAGGUUGUGGGGGUGCGUCCACGCCGGUUGAGGAACAGAGGACCGCCGGGGUUAGCCCAGGACAGUUCGCUUCGAGCGUCCCGCCUAGUACUCCUGGUUGUGGUGGUGCGCCCACGCCAGUUGAGGAACAGAGGACCGCCGGGUUUAGCCCGGGGCAGUUCGCUUCGAGCGUCCCUCCUAGUACUCCAGGUUGUGGUGGUGCGCCCAGGCCGGUUGAGGAACAGAGGACCGCCGGGUUUAGCCCAGGACAGGGGGGUUCGAGCGUCCCUUUUAGUACUCCUGGUUGUGGUGGUGCGUCCACACCAGCUGAGGAACAGAGGACCGCUGAGUUUAGCCCAGAACAGUCUGUGUCAACUCACUUGACCAAUGUUAGGGAGAUGCUGGAGAUGGAGGUGGUGACCGAGGUCCCAAGACCCGUUAACAAAAUACCGGUAGAGUCACACAAAUCCACCUAG